GACUUUUCCAGCUCUCUUGAUCUUUAACACUGCCACUGUGCUGGUGAUCGAAUCUACUGGCUAGAAAAAUGUUCAGUGUGAAGGAUUUAGAGUCUUUCAUCAGCAAAGCAAGCACAUCUUUGGAAAUAAAGUUUGUUCGCAGUGAAGCUGACAUCUUUGACGACAGUUUGGCCUUUGCACCCGUGUUCACCCACCAAGUGUUUGGAGAGAAUGAGGCCAUAUUUGGAUACAAGGAUCUCAAAGUCAAGCUCUAUCACACACCCGACACACUGAGCACUUAUAUCGGACUGAAGUAUACCAGCCAAUCGGAUUCACCAAAACCAGACAAUGUUGUAAAAAUCCUGUCAGAAUACAUUCCCGAAGGGUUCUGCACAAACUUGGACGAGUACAUUAGGAGGAUAACUGUGCCGUCGUCGUUCAAACCUUUUGGAGAAUUGCUGCACGUUUACAACCAAAAUGAUGCUACGUAUGAAGUAUACAAGACGAACAUAGAGUGCCCGGGGUUCCGUGAGUAUCACGAGAGACUACAGACGUUCCUCCUCUGGUUUGUGGACGCCUCCUCAUUCAUCGAUGUGGACGAUGAGAAGUGGAAUUUCUACCUCAUUUUUGAGAAGCAUACACAGUGCGGCAGCACCUGCUAUUCUAUUGUGGGCUACACUACGGUGUACGAUUUCUAUGCCUACCCUGACAAAGUACGCCCACGCAUCAGUCAGAUGUUGGUCCUGCCCCCGUUCCAGAGAAAAGGUCACGGAGCCAAGCUCCUCCAGACAGUUUACGAUAACUUGACCCCUGACCCCCGAGUGUUGGACGUGACAGUGGAGGACCCGUCAGACGAGUUCACAGCUCUCAGGGACGUGGUAGACAUCCGUAAUGGCCUGGGGUUAGAGGCACUCCGCCCUCCUCUCGUUCAUCAGGAGUUCAGCAAGGAUACUGAGAGGGUGUGCCGGGAAAGGCUUAAGCUGAACAGGAAACAAGCUCGUCGUGUGUACGAGAUCCUGAGGCUCAAGGCGACAGACCGUAGCAAUGCAGAGGAGUACAAGGCGUACCGACUGAGUGUCAAGAAUAGGAUGAACGGACCCUAUCAGAGAGAACAGAAAGAUAUGAAGAGGGUGCAGGAUUUUGUAGAUCCCACAGAGCUGGCCCUGACACACCCCCAAGUGUCACAUGAGGAUCACAUGACCCAGUUACAUCAAGACUACAAGGCACUGGAGGGGGAAUAUUUGAACGUUAUUGAAAAGCUAGCCUCACACACUCGAUAACCACCCACUAGUUACUUUAUAUGCAUACUGUUGUACAAAUACCACAUGUCUAGCUAUAAUUAUUAAUUUGAUCAUUUGUACACACCCAUGCACCCAACAAUUUCAUCAACCAUUAUACAUGUAAAUAAUUUAUUAAUAAUUUUGAGCAUAAUAAUUAUUGUGA